CAUUCUCUUGUUUGCCUUCAAGCCAACUCCAUCGAUCCACACCAAACUCACCCGCUCCGGACACAGACAUCUCAUCGCAUCUUCCCUCGCGGAUCUGAGUUCAUCCACUAUUUCUCGGCGAGAUCCGUGAAAUCCGCAGUAACUCGAAUGCUCUGAGUUGAAUAAUCAUGGUGGAUAAUUCGUUCCCGGGUCGGGUUCAGAGACUCGACCCGAAGCGAUGGCUGAGUUCCCUCAUCGCUUCCCACAAGACCCUUCUCACAGUUCUCUGGAUCGCCGCCUUCGCUUCCGUGUUUGUAUGGCAGCGAUCGACCUUCGUCGGCGUUAGCGGCGGAGGAACGCUCAUGGCUUUAGGUCGGGUCGGGUCGACCCGGCCACUACCCCGUCUGAGACCGACGGUGUUCAAUUUGACGGAUUUCGGCGGAGUUGGUGACGGAGUCACGCUCAAUACGGAGGCGUUCGAACGGGCCGUGACGGCGAUCUCGAAGCUCGGGAAGAACAGCGGCGGCGGACAGCUGAAUGUGCCGCCGGGUCGGUGGCUCACUGCGCCGUUUAAUCUCACCAGUCACAUGACUCUCUUUCUCGCCGAGGAUGCUGAGAUUCUUGGUGUUCAGGACGAGAAGCAAUGGCCUCUAAUGCCGCCAUUGCCGUCGUACGGAUACGGUAGAGAGCAUCCGGGACCUCGUUACGGGAGUUUGAUCCAUGGACAAAACCUCAAAGAUGUUGUUAUUACCGGCCAUAACGGAACGAUAAACGGACAAGGGGAAACGUGGUGGAAGAAGCAUCGGCAAAGACUUCUCAACAACACGAGGGGACCUCUGGUUCAGAUAAUGUGGUCGAGCGAUAUAGUUAUCAUGGAUAUAACCCUUCGUGAUUCCCCCUUUUGGACCGUUCAUCCUUACGAUUGCCGGAAUGUAACGGUGAGAAACGUCACCAUCUUAGCUCCUGUUACCGGAGCUCCCAACACCGACGGGAUCGACCCUGAUUCGUGCGAGGAUAUGGUCAUUGAGGACUGUUACAUCAGCACUGGGGAUGAUGCAAUCGCGAUCAAGAGCGGAUGGGAUCAAUACGGAAUCGCUUAUGGUAAACCUUCCACGAAUAUUCUCGUCCGAAACCUCGUGGUCCGAUCCGUUAUAAGUGCGGGUAUAUCCAUUGGAAGCGAGAUGUCAGGCGGGGUAUCGAACGUGACGAUCGAGAAUCUCUGGGUCUGGAACUCGCGCCGAGGGGUCAGGAUCAAAACCGCUCCCGGGAGAGGCGGUUUUAUCCGAAACAUAACAUACCGAAACCUGACGCUCGACAAUGUAAGAGUCGGGAUAGUCAUCAAGACGGAUUACAACGAGCAUGCGGACGAGGGGUUCAACCCGAAGGCAUUCCCGAAGCUCUCGGGGUUCAGAUUCGAGGGACUGCACGGGCAAGGAGUGAGGGUUCCGGUUCGGAUCCACGGGAGCGAAGAGAUACCGGUGCGGGAGGUGAGUUUUCGGGACAUGUCCGUGGGGAUAACGUACAAGAAGAAGCAUAUAUUUCAGUGUUCGAACGUGCAAGGACGUGUGUUCGGGAGUGUGUUCCCUCGGCCUUGCGAGAAUCUUGAUCUUUACGACGAAGACGGCCGUCUUUUGAAACCCUCUGUUUCGUCCAAUGUUACCGACAUUGACUACGACAUUUGAUUGCUGUCCUUUUUUUUUUGUACAUAUAGUGAAUUUCGAUUUAAUUCCUGUUUCCAGUCCAGCAUAAUUUUCCUAAACGUUUUUCUUA